AUGAAAGGCCGAUUCAUCGUCAAUCCAUUCAAGGAGCUCAACUUAUCUUUAGAAGACCGAGCUCGACUCGAAGACCUGGCUAACCAAUGUAUCACAACCAACCUCGACUUCUGCGCCAAGUUUAAUGCCAGGAAGCGCAUAGUGGACACGAACCAUUGGAAAUUGCUCAAGGAGGGCGAGAAACUCAAGGUUUACUCCGAGCGAUCAGGAGUGACGACAACCGCGGUUACUCAAGGCAACGAACCGACCGGAUCGGGACUUCCGAUGCUUCUUUGUGUGGGUACAAUGGAGGGGAAGCUGGACGAUCUCAUGUUCGGUGCCAUCAGCGAAAACCUCGAGACGAUGCGAGUGAAGGCUUCGUACGUCGAAGACUUCAGUGGCGCCGCCGUACUGGACGAUGUGGUUGUCCCUACAGAGGAGAAACCCUUCCAAUCAUUGGUGAUCAAGUGGAUGGAACUGGACAUUCCCUUCCGUUCGACCAAUUUGGUUAAGAACCGCGACUACGUGUACCUGGAAGGCACAGGUUACGUUCGAAACGAGCAGAACGAGCGUAUUGGUUACCAUCUCUUGCACUCAGUGAGCUUUGCGCAGACUCACCAACUUCCAAACCGAGUGCGUGGUAACUUGUCCUUUAUCGCAUUUUGGCGUCAACGUGGCCCCAACACGAUGGAAAUGUACGCCACGAGUGUCAUGGAUCCGGUCGAUACCGGAUUGAUUCGUAAGCUUGUGGUCCCGAACAUGGCCAACGUCUUCCUGUCCACACUGAAGUACGCGUACUGCGGCCAGAUGCGCAAGCUCACGUACAUGUUGGACAAGAAAUACGCUGAAUCAAGGUUACGAGGAGCACCGAACAUGAAGAGGAUCUGUGUCACGUGUUCGUCGCCCGUGAAUAGCCGACGUCUUGGCGACUUUGGCAAGAGCAAUAGCGCGUGUAGAUUGUGCUUUGGCUUCGUGUGUACGGCCUGUAAGAUCACGAGAAAGUUGAGCUUCGUGGAUCCGGAUCUACUGCUGUCGCAGCGCAAGGUGACGUUCUGUACAGCGUGUAUCAGUGAAGUAACCAGCAUGAGCGCUAUCGACGUUGCUCGCGCACUGAUUGCGGCUCGAACGCAACUCACUGAGCGGGCCAGCUUCAUGAGGACUUUGUCAUCGGAUGACAGUGGUGUGAAUUCCUCCGUUUCCAGUGGCCAGUAG